AUGGGUUAUCCUAUCUACAUCUACAAUCGCUUUAAUAUACCCAAUUCGGAACGCGUAGCGAUGUUUACCCCACCCCAUAAUAGUUCGAUCGUUGUCUUAUUAGUGACUCCAGAGAAGCUCGGCCACUAUAGAGUAUGUGAAAUUUUCCAGUUGGCUCCAAGCAGCGCAAUAUAUAUAUUUUUCAGUCUCCAAGGCGAGGAUGAUGAAGACAUUCGGACAGUUUCUUCCAUUGCAUUUUCUCCUCUGCUGUUUAUUCCACAUGAGCGUAUGACUGGUUAUAUUCCGGCCAGACAACUCCACCAAUUCAUUCGAGUGUGUGUGUUUUUGAAAUGGUGGAAAUACAAACCUAUUCUCUUAGAGGAAGUCUCCGAUCAUAUGAGUGUAAACGAGUUUCCUUGCUAUAUGAAGUUCGGUCCAGAGGGAGACCUAGGUCCGUUAGGGAUGCGUCGAAAUUAUUAUUUUUGGGUUUUCGGUCUGCUUCCGAUGCAUUUUUAUUCCCUCGAAGAAGGUUGGAAAUUCAUUCAGAGAGUUAUGGCAGUCGGGGAGAUGGGCUUAUACCAUUAUGAACACAAUAUCAUGAAGAAUCGAGGUGGCGGAUAA